AAUGUCGCUGCCUUUGACCGUCGCCGCUGCUGCUGACCUGGCCUCUCAAUUCACCAUACCGCCUCUUCUUUCGCUUCUCAAAUACAUCCCGCCGCAUAACUAUUACCACUCUUUCCGCUUGACGACACACUAUGCAGCGCCCAGCGUACAACCCGCCGCCAGCGCACUCUCCUCCGCUCCACCAUCCCGUUCCCCAGCACGUGUCUACGGUCCCGCAAUUACGGUCGCCUCCUCCACCGCAGCCGCCUUCGCAGCCUCAGAGCGGAUAUGGAUAUGGACAGCAGGGAGCACCAGGGCAGCCGGGGGUGGGGGGAUACAACACGCACCCGGCGUUUGGAGGCUUCAUAAACGACCCGACAGCGCAGCUGGGAUUCCAGAUGGGCAAGAGUGCGAUGCAUGCCGGACAGGAGUAUAUGGAGCAGAAUUUCGGCCGCUUCAUCAGCGUGUCCGCCCUAAAACACUACUUCAACGUCUCCAACUCCUACGUCGCCUCAAAACUCUACAUCGUCCUCUUCCCCUGGUGGCACCGCCCCUGGUCGCGCCAGCAGCGCAUGUCCAACAACGCCCAGGACGUCUACUACCUGCCCCCGCGCGAGGACAUCAACUCGCCCGACAUGUACAUCCCCAUGAUGGCGCUCGUGACGUACAUCGUGCUCUCCACGCUACUGGCCGGCCUCCGCGGCGCCUUCCAUCCGGAGUUGCUGGGCUACACGGCAACGUUGGCGAUCAGCGUCAUGCUCCUGGAGAUCCUGACGAUCAAGCUAGGCACCUUCCUCCUCAGCAUAUCCUCGUCCUCGCAGCUCCUCGACCUCGUCGCGUACAGCGGGUACAAAUUCGUCGGCGUCAUUGUCUCGCUGCUCCUGUCCUCGUUGUUUAGCCACCUCAACUUUGGCGGCGCGUGGAUAAGCUGGAUGGUCUUCCUAUACUGCUUCGGCGCCAAUGCGUUCUUCCUCCUGAGGAGCUUGCGAUACGUGCUACUUCCCGACCAGAGUGGGCAGGGUGUUGGUGCGGGGGCCGCGGGAUACACGGUGGCGCGGAGCCAGAGGAACAGGAGGACGCAGUUUUUGUUCGUAUACAGCUACGUGGUGCAGUUCGGGUUCAUGCUCUGGCUGAGCAUGGUUUGAGGCUUCUGGGCUAAGGCUGGCAUUAACUUACGAAAUGACUUUGGUAGAACGGCAUCACUGAGGACAGAAAGACGGGUCGCGGAAUGGAUUGGUCGACCUCAAGGGGCAGGAACGACGAAGUAGAAAGGGCUUGUAUUUGUAUC